AGCUGGGUCAGAGGAAAAUGUUGGCCCUGUUCCAGCGGAACACACAAAAGCGUCGCCGAAUCUCUCGAGUGCGGCGUCGCAGGCCACACAGCAGAAAUUCCGAUUGCGGAGCCGCGAGCAACCAGCAGGUAUCUCUCAGCUCUCAUCCUCCUACUACUGAGGUUCAAUCUAAGAACAACGGGAACCCUAGUACAGACAUGGCUCAGGAACCAGCGACUUGGAGCAAGCGUUUGUUUCCGAAUAAACGGAAUUUGGAGCGAUUGGGUACUCCCGGUCUUCAUGUUACAGGCAUUCCACUGAUUUCAAUUCCGGAGGAAUCCAUCAACCAAGCAGUCGAUGAAUGGAAAGAUUUUCUGAUCGGACAGUUUUACGGAUUGCCGCCUUCGCUGGGAAGAAUUAUUGGUGUUGUCAAUGCCUUGUGGAACAGAAAUGGAAAUCGUAUUCGAGUGCAGGACAUCGGAAAAGGAACAUUUCUCUUCAAGGUUCCGAAUGAGAAUACUAGGCAGUUCAUUCUCUCAAGACAGUUUUGGUAUAUUGGACAAUGUCCAAUGUUUGUAUCAAGCUGGAAUCCCCAUCACACUCUUGAUAAACCCCCCAUGCAAUCAAUCUCGACGUGGGUAACACUCUUAGAUGUUCCCCCGAAAUUAUACAACUCUUGACAGUAUCAGCCGCAUCGCCACGGGACUAGGAAAUCCUUUGUAUCUAGACCAUGCUACAGCUGAGAAAGAGAAUGUUGCACUUGCGCGAGUAUAUGUAGAUGUUCAGCUGAGAUACCUGCCUAAGCGAAUAGCAGUCAGCCUACCGGAUGGAACCGAGCAUACUGUGCUAGUUUCCUAUGACUGGUUACCACCCAAAUGUAGCUCAUGCGGGGAGGUUGGGCAUAAUGCCAAACACUGUCCGAAGAACCAAAAAUCGAAACCUCAUGGAACAACACCUAAUCAGGCUAUAAGACCUGUUGGGAUAGAAUCCAAAGCCCCGACACCUCUGGAACAGCCAGGCCCAGUGACCACAUCAGAGUUACCCUUCGAAAUGCCCCAAGAACAACAACAGAAGCAACCAGACCUCUCUGGUGCAGUGGUAGAACCUGAGCUGACCAUCAAACAGUCACCUCCACCCGAUUGUCGGAAAGACCAAGAGCAAACGGCAGACUUAUUAACUCUUGGGGGAUGGUAUUCUUGCUGCCAAAAUUCUUCAUGAAACAAGUGGACAGCCUUUGCUCCAGGUUCUUAUGGAAAGGAGGUCAAUCGGGUUCGGGUGGCUGCCGAGUAUCAUGGGAGAACAUAUGUAAGCCCAAGCAAGAGGGAGGACUAGGUCUCCGCCGUAUCGAGGACUUCAACACCACAUUCAGGUUAAAACUCAUUUGGAUCCUAUUCUCCAAAUCAGGAUCUUUAUGGGUAGCUUGGGUGCGUGGUAAUGUGUUUAAGGUAAAAGGAUUCUGGAACAUGGUACCCUCUCCUCGGUUCUCAUGGAAUCUGCGGAAGCUCUUGGGACUGAAGGAAAUAGCUCAGAAAUUCCUCAGAAUUAACAUCGGUGAUGGUGAAGGUACGCUCUUCUGGCACGACCCUUGGACAUCACUAGGACCAUUGAUAAGAUAUAUAGGGGAUACAGGACCGCGGAGUUUCCGCAUCCCGAUGCUUGCCACCGUCCAAGCUGCAGUUCGAGACAACAAUUGGGCACUGCCGAGCGCACGAUCAGACAGGCAGCAAACAUUCUUCAUGCUCCUCUCGACCAUUCCUCCACCAACAGCUUCAAAGGGACCUGAUCAGCCACUUUGGAUGCGAGCACCUGAUGACUUUCGGCCGGAUUUCUCGACGCGCCAAACCUGGGAACAAAUCCGGCACCAGGAGGCAGAGGUUUCCUGGAAAAGCAUUGUGUGGUACGCUGGGAACAUACCUCGCUAUGGGUUUCUAACUUGGCAGGUUAUGCUUUCUAGAUUGCCGACAAAAGACAGGCUAAGGCGUUGGGGCGUUACAAUGGAGGCAUGUUGUGUACUAUGCGACGCAGCAGACGAAACUCAUAUUCACCUCUUCUUUGAGUGCAGCUACAGCAGCCAAGUGUGGGAGUAUUUCGCUGGUUUAUGCCGGCCACACCCAUCACCUAGCAUCUACCAAAGUGCAGAUUGGAUAAAUGGUGCAGGAACCUUGGAAGGAAGGCAAAUAAAAUACAUUAUGAGGACUCUACUCCAAGUGACGGUCUACGAGAUAUGGAGGGAAAGGAA